AUUUUCCCCUCCCCCUUCAGGUCUCUCCCCCUCCCUCUAUCUCUCUCUCUGAGAUCAUCUGUUCUAAUUCCAAGUCAGAAAACCCAAGGCUUCCAAAGAGAGAAAAGAGAAGGAGAAGAUGUUGCUUGGAAAGCGGCCUCGCCCCCCGAUUAGGAGGACGACGAGCAUGAACGAGUUCUCUCUCGAUAUCUCGACCGUCCAAAUGUAUCCUCAGCCACAUAAUACGAAUGAUCAUCAGAAACCCAGCCCAGAGCCUGCUUCAGUAAGAAGGCAUCAGGUUGUGGGCGGCUCGACCGGGUUCGACACCCGUUUCUUGUCAGCUAUUUCUCCAAGAAACCUCAGAAGUUCUGCUGAUUUCCUCGACACCGCCAAUUUCAUGAGAGCUUGUGGUCUCUGCAAGCGCAGGCUGGGGCCUAGCCGUGACAUAUAUAUGUAUAGGGGUGAUAGCGCGUUUUGCAGUCUAGAGUGCAGGCAACAGCAGAUGAAUCAAGACGAGAGAAAAGAGAAGAGCUCAUUAGCAUCUAUGAAGAAAGAAGCUACUUGUACGGCAACAUCUGAAACUUGAAGCAGUGGGAGAUAGGCUACAGCCGCUUGAAAAGAAAUCGUUCUGGAGCGCACUCUCUUACGAUAAAAGAAGAGAAGACGACGUUUCCUAUGAGCUUGUUUAUGUACGUAUAUUGAUGUAUUAAAACCCCAACCUACUUUAAGAUCAUCAAACAUAUACGAGCAGAGUUGUUUUGAAUUCUUCCUACCUUUGUUUUCAAUGAGAAGAAGAAUGAGAGAUUUACUAGCCA